ACGCACACCUCUAUCUAAUUCUUACGUUAUUGAAUUGUUCGUCUUAUUAUUCUUGGGAGAUGGCGGCGUAGUGUGAAAACUUCUGUUGUGAAAAUAAAAAAAAGUGAAUUAAGUGAAAAACGCGUGUAAGGACUAGGAACGCGCAAACAAUAUUUCCGUUAUUAAAUGGUAAUGCAUGCCAGGAAACCGCAACGUUUGCUAAGCGAUGGAUAUCAUCAGUCUCAUCAGUAUCAGAACACAAAAUAUAGUUCCUCCAAAAGGGACUAUGAACGCGAAUCUUCGUCUAGAUCCACUUGUUACAAUAGGGAUCGGGAUAAUUCACCUGCUGGAGGAACAAUAAAUGAUUCUCCUCGAGAUCGGGACCGAGAACGUGAUCGUGAUCAUCGUGACCGUGACCGUGACCGUGACCGUGACCGUGACCGUGACCGUGACCGUGAUCGUGAUCGUGAUCGUGAUCGUGAUCGUGAUCGUGAUCGUGAUCGUGAUCGUGAAAGAGAAAGAGAUCGUGAUCGAUAUCAAUCAUCUGGGUACGCAAUGAGUAAACUGCGUGACAAGGAACGCGAUCGAGAUUAUAAAAAAGAAAAAUAUUCAGACUGUUCUCGGUCACCUAAGAGAGGCCGCAAUGAAAGAGACAUCGAUCAUCGUGCAAUGCACGAUAGGAGAUUUAAAAUAACGACAUCUUCACUCCCCGAUAAACGCGGAACUUCUAGUGAUGAUCGCGAACGUGAACGAAUUGAACGAGAUAGAGAUCGCGAACGAGAUCGUUUACGAGAACGCGAGCGCGACAGAAGCGGUGUUGGUAGUAUUGGAGGUGGUAAUGCUAAUACUAGCAACAACAUGGGAGUACUUGGCAGCAUUUCAGCGACUAUAAUUGCCAAUGCGCUUAAUAGUGGAAAUUCUAACAGCAGUAUGAUAAGCUCUUCUGUAAAUGCUCCUGCUGGUAAUACAAGCAGUAGUGUUGGAGGUAACAUCUCUGGAAAUAGUAUCAACCAAAGCAACGAUCGAGAUCGUGUGAACCGUGUUGGAGAUUGGAGUGAACAUGUUAGCUCAUCCGGAAAAAAAUAUUACUAUAACUGCAAAACAGAAGUAUCGCAAUGGGAAAAGCCUCGCGAGUGGAUAGAGAAAGAAAGUCGUGUGUUAGUUAAGGAGCAGCAGCGGGAUUAUAGAGAAAAAGAUCGCGACCGUGAUAAAGAUAGGUGCGGAGAAAAAGAACGUGAUGAACGCUAUACGUCAACUAUAGUAAAUCGUUCAUCCGCUUCAGCAUACGGAAAGCAUUCCAGCAGCAGUAGCAGCAGUAGCAGCAAAAAUAAUUCCCGAGGACGAUGGCAACCCUUAGAAAACCCACUAGCUUCUUCAAGAAGGCGAACCAUUGAGGAAGAAAAUCCGGACAUGGAUAUCAGUCCUGGUGACUCUACACCAACCUCGGAUGCUAGUUAUUCUCACUCUAGUACACCCACUGCUGGUCUAUCUCAAAUAGGUUCCCAGCAUUUACAGACAAAUAUUGGUAUAUCUGGUGGAAGUAGCAGCACAAACACAACAGCUAUCCCUGUUUCGAGUAGUUUGACACCGAUGUCAUCAUCUGUGAUUGGAUUGAACACUGCCGUUGGAAACAACAGCAAUGCGGUUUUAGAAGGUGUUAACCAUAACUUACCUGGUCUCUUGCCACGAAUGGUGUCCAACUCUGCAGUUAACCAAACAUGCGCUUACGCACAGUCGACGGCACCUCAAGGUGUAGUGCCCUCAUUUAAUCCAACGUCAUGCUCUUCCUUGGGGGUGGCUAUGCUGUCUCCAGCCUUGCAUCAGGCCACGCAUAAUUCUGGUACUGCUGCUUCGACAUUAUCGUGUACACAAGCAUGCCCACCAGAUGCAGGAAUUCUCAGCUCUAAUGCACCAGGACCUCCAUCGCUUACGUCAUCGCAGCAACAAAAUGUUUCAACUCUUUCAGUAACACAACAACAAGGCUCUACAAUUAUGCAACAGAUGACUCAUGUGCAACAGCAACCGUUACAUUCUCAGCAUUUCACGCAGUCCCCUAUCCAGGCAUCUUCUGCUAGCAGUGGGACAGUCAUCAGUGUCACAACAUCGUUAGCAGGAUUACCUAAAAUUCUUUCUCAGAUUACUGGAAACAAAUCCAUAGAACAGAAUGACCUGAAUCCACAAAAGGCCUUGCAAACUAUCAAUAAUGCGUUAAUGAUGCAGUCCCGGCAACAGAAUUCCAGUAUUGUGCAUGAUAUAGGCAACAGUCCUUCAAUGUUGAUUAAUUUAAGAGAUCAUGCAUUACAAUCGCCACUUUACAACGUAUCUAAUUUAUCGCAUACUGUCCAUUCGUCUUCUCUUUCAAUUGGAUCGACAAUUCUUUUAAAUCACAGCACACAACACAAUAAUACAUCCAAUAGCCAUUCUAGUAGUCAAUCGAAUAUGAUAAACAACAUGAACUUGGGAGGAUGCAGUAGUGGUAAUACAGCCCUUACGAGUGAUGGACCUCCGACCCCUACGCAAGAGCUUGAUUUACCAUUGGUAGAUCAUAGAAAACUAGUAGAUGGAUUGGGUAACGUUGUGGUGACAUCGACUACGUCCAGCUCCGUAUGCAGUCUACAGAGCGUCAUGGCGUCAUCUCAAUGCGGUCGAUCUCAGGGCCCAAAUUUAACGCCUAGCUUAGCAAAAUAUUUCCGUGCCGAUCUAAUAUCUCACGUUACUGGAUGGCCAUCAGAAAUAUUGGAAAAGACGAUUCAAAAACUUUCCGAGGAAGCACAUAUUUUAGGAGAUUUACAAUGCAGCAAAGUAUCUGCCGAGUUAAAAUGUGCAAGAAGUUUAGUUAGAAUAACCGAAAUUACAGCAACCCUGCAAGAACAGAAGUAUGUAUUGAAUUAAUGUAAAUAUGUUUUAGUUAAACAUUCUUUGAAACCUACCAUGUGGUGAUUUUGAAUCGCUUUCUUCUUAAAUUUCAUUCCUUCAUUUCUUAAAUUAUAAAUCGUAUAACUGUUACGAUUACUGAUGCAAUGCGUUCGUGGGUAAUUUCAAAUAUCGAAACGAAAAUAUAUAUUGUAUAGCGCUGGGUAUCGAAAAGCGGACUCUUCA